AUGUUGAGAAAUUUACCAUCACUUGAUAAUUCUACAGAUUCACUUGAUAAUAUUGAGAUAUUAUCAACAGAUUUAUGUUUAUAUACUGGUAUAAAAAAAUUUGAAUCUUUACAAUCAGCUUUUGAGAUUUUUAUAGAUGGAUUAAAACAAUUAGUUUUUGAGGAUUUGAAGAUAGUGAAAGAAAAUUUUGAAAAGUAG